AUGGCCGCCGAGUGGCCGACCUUAGCCGUCGUUUUUGUGCUCGCGUGCCUCCUGUUGCCGACCGGCGGCGGCGGCGUCCGACCGCGGGACGACGACGGUCAGCAGCAGCCCUCGUGGUGCCAGAAAGAAGAAUGCAAGUGCGAGCAGGACGACGAAAACCGAUUGACCGUCAAAUGCACGUUUUCCGGCGAAAAGGACGUGAUAUGGGAACCAGUCAAGAACUUGAACAAAUCGCUGGUAGUGCUGGAGUUGAACGGUGAUGGCCGAUGUAAUCUGACAGUCAACAACAAGGUGCUCGCGUCAUUCGCCGGUCUUCGGUCGUUCAACGUGACCGGGUUCGACCGGGUAACGAUCCGGUCGCAAGGCGUGCUGGCCAAGUACGCUCGCACAAACUUCACGGUGAACAUCAGCCGUGCCCGUCAGCUGUAUCUGGACACGAAUGCGUUCCAUCCGUACGAUGGUACGGUGGACGUGCUAGUGGAGGACUGCGACGUGGUCCAGCUGGGCAGCGAAGUGGUGUUCAAGCUCAGGUCGUUCGUGUUCCGCAGGAUUCGCGUCCUGGACUUGUCUAAGAAUACGUUCAAGAACGCGGCCACAGGUUCAUCAAUCGAAAAGAUGAUAUUGGAAAACCUGAAUGCGGAAAAACUGCCGUCGUACGCGUUCUAUACGUCUAUCGAUAUGCUGUCGAUAACUAACUGUACGUUCGGUACGAUCGAGAGGAAAGCUUUUCCGAUCAAUGAUAUUGGCAACGCAACGCUGACCAACGUCACCGUGGACCGGUUGGAGAGCGAAGCGUUUCAAAAUUCGACUCUCAUCUCCAAUCUGCGGAUGAUCGGAUGCGUCAUCCGGGAAAUGCAGAGCGACGCUAUCAUGUCCGUCGUGCAGAGCAUAAGCAUCGAGCAGUCCAAGUUCGAAUCGGUGCAACCAUCGGCCGUCGCGGUGGCCACAAAGCUCAAACUGUACGGCAACACUUUCAAGCGGGUGGCCGGCCGCGGGUUCGUGCUGCACAACUUCCAAGUGAUGCUGGUGCACGGCAACACGUUCGAACAGAUCGAGCCCGAGGCGUUUUACGAGACGACCGCGUCCAGUCCGGAAACAAGAACGACCACGAAGACGACGUUGAGCGUCUGCGACAACAGUUUCCUGCAGACUCCGGCUGACGGCAAGUGGUCGCCUCCGGUCCGGCUGCAGAGGACCGCGUCCGAAACGAACAUCACCGGGAACACGUUCGUAGGGCCGUGCGGCUGCGGCCCUUGGCGCUUCGUCUCCGUGGCGAACAGCACCGUGGCCGACGACGACGACGGUGACGGUGACGACGAAGAUGACGGUGACGCCGAGUUCGCCGACCACAACUACUGCAGGGUAAACACGGUGGGAGCGGGGUGCGCCAACCUGACGGGCGCGGAGCUCGACCACUUGCGAAUCGCCGAGUUCACGGCGGCGGCCGGAUGCGACCGGGACGCCGGCACGGCGUUCAACUGGUGCGUCCGCGACCGGUUGACCACCGGCACCGGCCGUUUUCCACCGAUCGACUUUCUGUCACCGACCGCGGAACGGGGAGUCAUCACCACAGUGGUGCUGUUGGUGCUGUGCGGUUUCGGUGCGGUGUGCGCCGUGAGCGCCGUCACCUGGCUCAACGCCCGCGGCUACUUCAUUAAGCUCCGGUCACUGCUCACCCCGAAUAGCGGCGGGGGCGGUGGCGGCGCCGGAACUGCGUGCAGGACAAUCUCGGCGCACUCGCUGUCCCGGAUGUCAGUGCACGAGUACGCGGAACUGCAACGGCUCAAGUUGGGCGGCGUCGGUGUCGGCUGUGGCAGCGACGUUGGUGCAGUGCGCAUGAUCGUAUACCAAGACAAGGGCACGCAGACGGUACCGGAAGAGCUGACGCACGAGAUGUUGCAAAACCUACGCGACAAGCUGGACGACCCAGACGACUAUGCCGAGGCGCGUGGCAUAAUCGAACACCUGUACGACCUGAUCCGGGUGGAAGAGACUUGCUGCGGAGACACCGGCUGGUACCCGGUCGGCGGAGGGGGGCUGGACGACAUGAUGUCCACCGUCAUGACCAAGGCGGUGACCGCGGGCGACGGACUGCCACGGGACGUCAAGUCGGUUGGCACGGGCGCGCCGUCGCUGGACAGACUCCGGACGCCCAGGCUCAAGGUGGCCGGGGCAGGAGCGUCAGCGGGAUACCACGGUCGCCGGCCGCAGCCACCGCCGUCUCCGUCGCCGUCAGUCAACAGCGAUUACGUGGACCCGGUCGACUUGUUGUACGGUGGUGCAGCAAAUGUGCGCGACGACGAAUCGUACACCGACAUCUACUGCGAGCUGACCGACCUGCGGUCGACCGCUGAAGACCGUCCUCCACCGCAACCGCCUCAACCGCCGCAACAACCGCCGCCAGUACCCGAGAAACCUACUCCCGUUUGAAAGUCCACUGCUGCCAAUCACAUCCUCGUCGGCCUUCAACUACAACCCUACUAUUCCUAUCGAUCGAUUUCGCCGGCGUUCCUCGUUUUUGUUUGGGCAAUUUAAGUACGACGAACAUUAUUUUAUACUAUCGAUUGUGUAUGUUUUAUUUUUCUUAUAUUUCAAACCGAACCAACUUAGCACAGUCGCCGUUAUCCACCUGG